AUGGUCAAGAUCAUCUGGAACUGGGAGGAACAGAUUGUAGUGGAUUUCUUGCUAGAAACAUGUUCAACAUCAAAUAUAGAAAUAGAGAAUGGUUUUUUUCCUGAACCUGUUGUUGUGUAUGACAUAAAUAAACAAACACAAUAUACGUGUAAAUCAGGAUAUGUAACAACAGAUGGUGAAAUAUCAGGAUCAGUUACAUGUCUGCAAAGUGGGUGGUCAGCUCAACCGAAAUGUAUUAAAUCUUGUGAAACUCCACUAUUUAAGAAUGCCAGAACCAAAAGUAACAGGACAUGGUUUAAGGUCAAUGACACACUGGACUAUGAAUGCCAUGAUGGAUAUGAAAACAGACACAAUGACAUUAAAGGUUCCAUAGUAUGUGGUUACAAUGGUUGGUCUGAUACACCCGCAUGUGAUGAUCCUACAGAAAAGUGUGGGCCUCCAAAAGCUAUUAGCAAUGGAGACAUCACCUCCUUCCUAUUAACAAUGUAUCCUCCAGGAUCAAGAGUUGAGUACCAAUGCCAGUCCUACUACACACUUCAGGGUUCUAAAUAUGCAACUUGUAGUAAUGGCGAGUGGUCAAAGCCACCAAGAUGCAUAGAUCCAUGUAUUAUAACUGAAGAAAACAUGAAUGAAAACAACAUACAGUUAAAAGGGAAAAAUGACAAAAAAUACUAUGCAAAAGCAGGGGAGACUAUUGAAUUCAUGUGUAAAUUGGGAUAUAGUGGAAAUACAGGAAUGCUAUCAUUUCAAGCAGUGUGUCAGGAAGGGAUAGUGCAAUACCCAAGGUGUAAAUGAACAAGCGUGUUAACCUAAAUGUGCGGCCAGCUUCCAUUUCUCACUUAUUGCCUCAAACUGCACAGUGAUAACUUCUGAUGUUUUAAAUAUUUUCUACUUUAUUUCCAAAAAGAUAAAUAAAGGCAAUAUAAUAGUUUCUAUUUUCAACUUACUAUCUUCUCUAAAAUAUGUUAAAACAACUUAAAUCAUUCCUUAUACUUGUACCAAAAUAGCAAUAACUAACAGUCUUGGAUAUUGGACUAAUUAUUAAUAGAUUAAUAAAAACAGCAACAGUGAUAACUA